AUGCCUCGGAACUGGAAACCGAAUAACGUUGACGACCAAUGCAAACGAUUAAAGGACUAUGAUUUACGGAUAUGCACCUGGAAUGUCCGGACCCUCUAUAGGGAAGGUGCCUCUAUCCAACUGGCGGAAGCCCUCAAUAAAUGUAAGGCUGACGUCACCGCCAUCCAGGAAAUGCGAUGGAUAGGACAAGGCUGCUCUAAAAGAGCAAACUGUGAUGUAUACUACAGCUGCCAUGCAAAUCGACGUGAAUUUGGAUGCGGUUUUGUGGUAAGCAAGAGACUAUCAAAAUUAGUCCAGCGAUUCACACCGGUGAACGAAAGGCUUGCCACACUCCGUAUCAAGGCAAAAUUUUUUAACAUCACGUUAAUUUGCGCUCACGCGCCGACAGAAGAAAAGGACGACUUGACCAAAGAUACAUUCUACGCGAGACUCGAGGAAAUUUAUGACCGCAGUCCCGCCCACGACGUUAAAAUUGUUCUCGGGGAUUUUAAUGCAAAGGUUGGAAGAGAAGAAGUCUUUGGUCCAACUGUCGGAAAAUUUAGCCUCCAUGAAUCAACCUCCAACAACGGUCUAAGGCUAAUUGAUUUCGCUGCGGCGCGAAAUAUGGCAACGUGGCUAUCUCCCGAUCAAGCAACACGAAACCAGAUUGAUCACUUCGUGAUUGACGCAAGGCACGCUUCUAGUGUGCUGGACGUACGUUCAUUCCGUGGUCCAAAUAUCGACUCAGAUCACUACCUUGUCGCAGCCAAGGUACGCAUGCGGCUUAGUACCGCCAACAACGUACGCUCCAAUGUUCAGAAAAAACUAGACGUUAAUAAGCUGCGAUCACGAGAGACAGCCGAAGCCUUCGCCGCUCAGCUCUCUAGCCGAUUAAACAACCAACCCUCCCGUUCCGAUAAUGCCGGUAGACAGUGGGGACAUAUCUCUCACUCCCUACGCACAACAGCGGAAGAUGUCCUUGGUUUCCAACGUCCCCCACGGCGAAACCAAUGGUACGACGAAGAGUGUCGCCAAGCUACUGCUGCGAAGAACGCGGCCUAUAAAAGGACCCUGCAGUCAGCAGCAACGCGAACCGUGCAUGAACAAUAUCGGGAGAUGAGGAAGGUAGAGAGGUGCCUAUUCAGACGGAAGAAACGAGAUCAAGAAAGGCACGAGCGAGAGGAAAUCGAGGUGUGUAGAAAUAGGAAUGAUGCCCGUAAAUUUUAUCAAAAAGUCAACCGUCUGACUCAAGGCUUUAAGCCUGGUGCAUCAACCUGUAAGGACGAAAAUGGUAAUCUGGUUACAGAUACGCAGAAUGUACUGAAAGUAUGGAAGGAGCAUUUCUCCAAACUGCUAUCUGGCGAUGAUAACAUCAACUCUGCCAUUGAAGAAAUGCCCUCUGUAUCCCCAAUCGAAAAUGAUGAUGUUGAAAUUCCACCACCUAGCCAUAACGAAGUGCGUGUUGCUAUACAGCGACUUAAGAACAACAAAGCGGCAGGCGCAGAUGGCCUGCCUGCUGAAUUGUUCAAGGCCGGCGGCGAUAUGCUGAUAGGGUGCAUGCAUCAGCUUAUCUGCAGAAUAUGGUUAGAUGAAAGUAUGCCCUGCGAUUGGAAUCUCAGUAGCCUUUGUCCUGUCUUGAAAAAAGGUGACCCGACGAUUUGCGCCAACUAUCGCGGGAUUAGCCUGAUACCUGUCGCGUACAAGGUUAUUAAUAUAGUAGCAAUAUUAGCUUUACCUAUGCAUAUCAUACAACAAGAAUUUCAUGAUCAGAAUAUAUUAUUCUCAUCAGGUUAA